AUGCCCCCAAUACUCUCCCUGGCAGCUCCAGGUAACACGUACUGCUUCGGUCGUCGUGUGACGCGCCUAGUACCUUACUGGUGUUUUUGUAGCCCUGUUACCCAUCGCCAAAAGCGAGGUACGUCCGUAUUUUCGACAUGCCGUGUCCAGGCUCCUUGGGUGCUUCUGCUCUCCCAUCGCCCCACGACUCUCAACCCCCGCCACGAUAUAGCCGUCUGUCGCCAUGACGAACCUCAACGGCCUCCGAGGCGCUACUCCGUACACACUUCCAAGGAUGCCACCUUUUCUGAAGUAGACGAAACUGAAGGGCGUCCCACAUUUCGACCCCAACUGUCCCGCGCCGUCAGGAAGGCCCUACGCCCACCUAGGCCUGCAAUAGUCCUUGCCUCCAUAAACGGCCCAGCCAGAGACCUUUAUGUUACCCCAUCUGAUGGGACUGAUCUGUCCUAUACUGCGCCGCGACGUCCUUCGCGAAAACCCAAGCCCAAGACUGGAUUUUCUCGCAGCACUCUUCUGCUUGAUGAACCCGUCUCGCUCUAUUCAAUCCUUGCCCGCUUUCUCCAACAUCACACAGCGACACCAACAGCCAAGUCGGACUUUUACUAUGCUCCGCUGGAAAAAGAGCUACUACAAAAUCAGGGCUACACCAUGGAAAGCGUAGAGCGAUGGGCUUCUUGUCUCGUGGCGCCGCGAUCGAUUGAAGCCGCAAGGGUUUUCGAACAGGGGGUUGAGAUGCCGCCUCUGUUCUUACUCUUGUUGUUCUUACGUCGUAAGCACAUCAAAGCACCUGCCCUCGACACCAUCAUGAGGCACCUUGUUCAUGUUGCGUAUUCAGAGUCGAUAAGCUGGUCCCAACUUAAAAUCAUUACGGUUCGUUUACUCCACCAUGUGCGAGAACACCGGCCUGAGUCAAUGUCAUGGGUCGCCUCCUUCUUCGCCGCCGAAGCAAGCCGCCUACAUGAUAAUACAACUGGAGCUGAUCCUCUGCCACCAAAUACGCUUUCAGACUUGACUGAGUUUUGCAACAAACUCCUUAAGCUGAUAUCACUGCCGACACCUUCUCGACCCGUAGUGACCGCUGUCCACCAAGAAAAGGCCCAGUUCCAGAUCCUUCAAUACAUGGCCAAUAGGUCGCCUGCAGUAGCAGUGACGCGACUCGGCUUCCUAUCCGUAGCGCUCAAUCAGCUGGCUCAUGCCAAGACACCACAAGAAAGAGAAUGGGCUGAGCUUAAAGGGUCUGCCUGGCCUCCGUGGAAGGAGAAUCGUACAGCAAUGGAUGAGGACAAAGGCUACGAGUUCGGUGCUUCCCGAGCUUCCCAGCUUCUGCACCGUAUGCACGAAGCUGGAUACAGCGGCGGGUUGUUGGAAGACAUAGUGCAAGUCUAUGCUGGCUGGGACAAAGACUCCAGUCCAACGAUACAAACUCGGAUGGUUUUGCCUCUUUCCUCCUUUCAAUACCGCAAAGCUGAUGGACUUCGUGCUCUACUCUGGGCUGGCCGCAUACGAGCGACACGCACGCGCAGGGAAGCCUGGGCAUGCUUCCUCUCACAAGAGCUAUCUGAAGGACGUGGUCAUUCCGCAAUAUAUCUCGCAAUGUUCGAAAAGUUGCAUUACGGUACAGCAGAAAGAUUGACACACCCAGAGUUCUCGUCUGACGCAGGUGGUACUCCAGAAGAAAGCCCCACCCACUUGUUACCCGGAGAUAUGAAAGAAGUCUUGCCAGACCCGCUGUCCACGUUACACCACGUUUACAUCAGUGAGCCCGUUCCCGGAUAUAGAGAGCUAUUUCAACGGAUGCAGACCACUCAGCUCAAGCCUGAUAAUCAUCUCCUCGUUUUCCUAAUAGAGACGUGUUCCGACUUCGAUAUGGGCCUAGAAUUACUGGCCAUGGCUAAGGAUAGGUGCAAUGGCAUAGUAGGCCGAAUUCUUGAUGGAACUCAUGAUCAAGAUCUGCCAUACCAGCCGAUUUUAGGUUAUUUCAUCAAGGCGAUUAUCGUAUUCUUAUGUCGUCAUGGACGUGUCGAACAGUCACUGCCCAAGGAAGUCCGUUUUCUACGGCCGGAACAGCAUGCCACUCAGCUCAGGUCGAACCGCAACUACCUGGUCGAAUACGCGUACAUGGUUCUUAGACAUUAUCGGCCGCUUUACCGACCAGCUUGGGCUGCCAUGAUAGAGAAGCUAGCAUGGCACAUCAACCAAAAUGGGGAAAUCGGAACUACUCAGUAUAAACGUAUUUGCGACAUCCUUGAGCAGAUGGAGCAGCUGCAUCUCAAUGUCGACGACGAAAUCUUUCUCCAAUUCUGUGUUGCGACUCGGUAUACUGCUCAGACCGCCCAACAAAGCUUCGCGUCCAUGGAGGAUACACGACAUGUCCUUUCCACCAGUUCCCAUCGCCUCCGAACGCUCUUUAAUAGCUUGAUCGGUAUUAAUGCCGACGUGCAGUCACCUUCAAAUCACCAGACUGGUAGUAACGCCGUUCCGCUACACAUUCCAGGACCUGCAGAACUACAUGCUUACGUACGAGCACUAACUGCUCUCCGGGAUUAUGAAGGUCUUUAUUCCUUCACCACCUGGCUCACCAAACACCAUGUCGAAGUGACGGCGCGCGCAAAAGCUCAGCACUCAGGCAGAGACAUUCUCUUCAAGAUACUUGUGGCAUUGCGAUUGGCUAUCGAUGGUGGGGCUCUCGAGCCAGAAGCUGCCUACCUAUCUGGCGCACCAGAAGACAUAGCACUUCUCAUCAAGACACAAAUCGAGAGUGUUGAACAGUGGGGUGGUUGGCCUGAACGAGAACACGUUGACAUUGUGCCCUCGGAAAGCUCUCUGGAAAAACAAACAGGCGCUGCAGGCUCGGCAGACAUACUCGAUAUGUCGUACAAAACAACCACACAAGUAGAGCCCUACACCAAAUCCUCCUGGGUGCAAUCUAUAUCUGAGAUACCAUACGAAGACGUUAGUUCCGCUCUCUCAGUCAACACGUUCGUCCCUUUCAUCCUUUGCCGGGAACUCCUUCCUCUUAUGGGCUGCAGUAGUAUUGAAAGACCUACCAAGCCUCGAGGCUACAUAAUCAACGUCUCUUCCCGCGAAGGCAUAUUCGAGUCACACACCUCUUCAUCUGCAAAACGAGGCAAACACGUCCACACCAACAUGUCCAAAGCCGCACUCAACAUGCUUACCGAGACAGAAGCAGAGCCUGCUUGGCGCAAGAAGCGUAUCGCCAUGAACACAGUGGAUCCGGGAUACAUGAGUGCGGCGCCUGAGUACGAAGAUGCUUUCGAGGGCAUGAGGCCGAUUGGCUGGGAAGACGGGGCUGGGAGGGUGUUGUGGCCGAUUGCUGUGGCGGAGAUGGGAGAGAGAGUUGUUUGGGGAAGGUUUUUGAAGCACUAUGGAGCUGUGGAGGGGGAGGCGGCGUCUUGUUCCAUAUCUUUAGCAAAGCACUGGACAGACACACGACUACCCACCGCUCGACGAGCCGAAACCCAACCAUCCACCAUGGCAUCCUUCUUCGAACAGCUAUGGGAGUCCAUCUUCAUUGCGGGGCCGACGCCCACGCUCCUUAUCGCAACAAACGCCUCGUUCGCCGCGCUCCAGGUCCUUUUGUUCGUCAUGCUCAUUGCGACGUACAGCAUACACUUUGUUAUUCUCUCGAUUCUGUGUGGAGGGCUUUGGUGGUCAAUCAACUGGUUUGCGACGGAGCUUCGCGCUGCCCAAGCCAAGGAGGAGGAGGCAAAGCGCAUCCGGGAAGCCAGAAGGGGCAGCAAAGAGAAGGGUGACGCAGGCGACGACGGAGAGGGAAUGGACACAGGCGACGACACCGAGGUCGACACCGAGGUUGAGCAGAAGCAGACCCUCAAGCCCAAACCCAACCCGCCGCGUGCGCCACGCCCGGAAACACAGAGUACCGUAUUCGUUGAGAAGCCUGACGGAAGUGAGCCAGACAGCCCAACACAGCACUCGGCUUCUGCGGGCCGUGGAGGCCCUACUGCUGCUAGCACUACGGGGGCGACGACGAGUCUUGCGGCACCUGUAGAGGAUGCGCUGAAGCGAAGGAAGGGCAUGGGAGAAUCAACCGGCGACAUAUCAACCGACAGCGAGUGGGACAAGCUGUCGGAGGACUCUGAGGAUAAAUGA